CCAUUACCACCCCCACCACCACCAUCACCACCAUCAUCACCACCACCACCAUCACCACCCCCAUCACCACCAUCAUCACCAUCACCACCACCACCACCACCAUCACCACCCCCACCACCACUAUCACCACCACCACCAUCACCACCACCACCAUCACCAUCACCACCACCACCACCACCAUCACCACUAUGACCACCAUCACCAUCACCACCACCACCACCAUCACCACCCCCACCACCACUAUCACCACCAUCACCAUCACCACCACCACCACCACCAUCACCACUAUCACCACCAUCACCAUCAUCACCACCACCACCAUCACCACCCCCACCACCACUAUCACCACCAUCACCAUCACCACCACCACCACUACCAUCACCACCCCCACCACCACCAUCACCUCCAUCACUUAUCACCACCAUACCAUUACCACCACCAUUACCACCACCACCACCACCACCAUCACCACCACCACCACCACCAUCACCACCCCCACCACCACUAUCACCACCAUCACCGUCACCACCACCACCACCACCACUAUCACCACCACCACCAUCACCACCACCACCACCACCAUCACCACUAUCACCAUCACCAUCACCACCACCACCAUCACCACUAUCACCACCAUCACCACCCCCACCACCACCAUCACCACUAUCACCACCAUCACCACCCCCACCACCACUAUCACCACCACCACCAUCACCACCACCACCACCAUCACCACUAUCACCACCAUCACCAUCACCACCACCACCACCACCAUCACCACCCCCACCACCACUAUCACCACCAUCACCAUCACCACCACCACCACUACCAUCACCACCCCCACCACCACCAUCACCUCCAUCACUUAUCACCACCAUAUCAUUACCACCACCAUUACCACCACCACCACCACCAUCACCACCACCACCACCAUCACCACCCCCACCACCACUAUCACCACCAUCACCGUCACCACCACCACCACCACCACUAUCACCACCAUCACCAUCACCACCACCACCACCACCAUCACCACUAUCACCAUCACCAUCACCACCCCCACCACCACUAUCACCACCAUCACCAUCACCAUCACCACCACCACCAUCACCACCAUCACCACCCCCCCCACCACUAUCACCACCAUCACCAUCACCACCCCCACCACCACCACCACCAUCACCACUAUCACCACCACCACCACCCCCACCACCACCACCACCAUCACCACUAUCACCACCAUCACCAUCACCACCACCAUGACCACCAUCACCACCCCCACCACCACCAUCACCACCCCCACCACCACUAUCACCACCACCACCACCCCCACCACCACCACCACCAUCACCACUAUCACCACCAUCACCAUCACCACCACCAUGACCACCAUCACCACCCCCACCACCACUAUCACCAUCACCACCCCCACCACCACUAUCACCACCACCACCAUCACCACCACCACCACCACCAUCACCACUAUCACCAUCACCAUCACCACCACCACCACUACCAUCACCACCCCCACCACCACCAUCACCACUAUCACCACCAUCACCACCCCCACCACCACUAUCACCACCACCACCAUCACCACCACCACCACCACCAUCACCACCACCACCAUCACCACCCCCACCACCACCAUCACCACCACCACCACCAUCACCACCCCCACCACCACUAUCACCACCAUCACCAUCACCACCACCACCACCACCAUCACCACUAUCACCACCAUCACCAUCACCACCACCAUGACCACCAUCACCACCCCCACCACCACUAUCACCACCAUCACCAUCACCACCCCCACCACCACCAUCACCUCCAUCACUUAUCACCACAUCAUUACCACCACCAUUGGAACACCUGAUGACUGCCUCGGGCGUCUCCUGUGCUGAUGCCCCACUGCCUCCCUCACCUUUCUUCCGCACUGAUACUGAUUACCAUGCAGGCCUUACAGAACAGGAGAGCCUGAGCUGUGCAAGAAAGGGAGAGACAUUAGAUUACUCACGGGAGAUUGUCAGCCAGGUGCCAGAAGAUACAUCUGCAGUGGCCAUUAAAGCAUUCAUGGACAUUCUUCUUAGAAGGCCUAGUGCUAAGUCGCAGUUGUCAAGGGAACCGCGUGUCUGGAGGGAGAACAGGCUCUCCGGAGUUUCCAGGGAAACCACCCCCCGCAGAGGCAGAACCACUGAUUCCUUCCUGCUUGACAAGAUUGAGUCGCUAUCGAGGAGCUGCCCGUGCUUUGGAAAUGGUCCAAAUCAACGAGGAACUGCCAAGGAGCCCCCUCAGACAGUAAGGUUCUGUUGGCCAGGGUCCUGGGGACAGACAGGAGCGUUGGUGCGCGCGACUGAAAUGGGAGCAGAGCAGUUGAAUGAGCUCCUUACGCUUUGCAUGGUGCGCAGAAUAUCCCACCGAUACCCAGAAAUCCAAAAUACUAUUGGGAAAAGGAUCCGAUUUCUGCUCGGAGUGAAGAAAGAGGUCUCUGGAGAAUUCCUAGGUCAGGGCUGGCAUUUGCACCUUUUCAUGGUCUUUCCCUGCACAAUCACUCCAGCGGCGGCGUCGCUGGGGCUGAGGCCGGGUGGCUGCGGCUGGGCAUGCGGAUUUCGUUCCCCGCCUGUCGUCUUUGUGGCUCCUUGUGGGGGAGGGGCGGGCUGUCUGACACAGUUAUUAAACCUGGCAGCUGCGCUGGCUGCACUGAGGAGCAUUUUGACGGCGGGGGCAGUGCGAGCUUCGGGACACAAUUGGAAACGUGAGUAUCUGCGGCCCCCGCGCUGCUGGCAGGCGGCUAGGCGCUUAAAGCUUCCAGACCUGUGGCGGGGACGGAAAGGCAGGGAUAGGAGAGGCGGGCUCGCAGCCAGGGCAGGCAGCCCCGUCCCACCCCCGAUCUUUCCGGCCCCUUUUGAAAAUGGAAAGAAGGCGCGUUUUACGGUUGGCUCGAAACGAGAUGAGGCCAGUGUUCCAGCCCGUGGGGACCUUUGUGCGCUGCUCAGUGGCGGCUGUGGCCGGUCCUGCAGGGACACGGGCGUGGCGGCGUCUCAGGGAGCAGCGCGCAUCGCUGAGUCCGGGCACCGGAGCCGGCGCGUCCGGGUUCCUUUGAGAUCUCAGCGCCUUUGGGAUUUCUGA